CUGCCUGAUCUGUGUUCAGAGGAGAUGGAAAAGGGAAAUCACUCGGAGGCGACUGAGUUCAUUCUCUCAGGACUGACAGAUCAUCCGGAGCUGCAGGUUCCCCUCUUUGUGGUGUUCCUACUGAUUUAUGGUAUCACCCUGGUGGGGAAUGGGGGGAUUAUCUUGUUAAUCAUGAGUGAUCCACAGCUUCAGACCCCCAUGUACUUUUUCCUCAGUAUUUUGUCUUUCUGUGACCUCUGCUUAUCCUCGAUAAUUUCCCCUAAGUUGCUGCUGAAUAUCUUAGCCGAGAGGAAAAGCAUUUCUUACACUGCCUGCACUGUGCAAAUGUAUCUCUCAAUUGUUUUUGGAGAUGUAGAGAGCCUCUUGCUGGCUGUGAUGGCGUAUGACCGUUAUGUGGCCAUCUGUAACCCUCUGCUCUAUACGGUCACCAUGUCCAGGCAGCUUUGUAAACAGCUGGUGGCUGGGGUGUUUGCUGUGGGGACGGUGGAUUCAGUGAUAUACAUGAGUUUUAUAUUUCGUCUGUCAUUCUGCAGCUCCAACAUCAUCAAUCAUUUCUUCUGUGAUAUCCCCCCACUGUUGGCGCUCUCCUGUUCUGACACCCGCAUCAAUGAGAUUCUGAUGCUUGUUUUCACCUACCUUUUUACAGUGGGCAGUUUUGUGACUGUCCUCCUCUCCUAUGUCUAUAUCAUCUCCACCAUCCUACGGAUCCUCUCCACGGAGGGCCAGCGCAAAGCCUUCUCCACCUGCUCUUUCCACUUGAUGGUGGCGGUCCUGUUUUACUGCACCCAAUUCUUCAUCUAUUUACGUCCCACCUCCAGCUAUUCCAUGGACACAGACAAAGUAGCCUCAGUGUUUUAUAUGUUAGUGAUCCCCAUGUUGAACCCACUCAUCUACAGCCUGAGGAACAGGGAGGUUAAGGACGCCCUGAGGAGAUCAAUGAAUAAACUCUUAACCAAUUCCUGA